AUGGAGGUUCUCAAGACUCACGUCGGCGCCAAUAGGAAUGACUCCCUAAAAGAUGCUGUGCAAAAGACAUGGGCCCGUGGGGGUGUCCGUGGUUUCUACCAAGGCCUAAUCCCUUGGGCUUGGAUUGAGGCAUCAACAAAAGGAGCUAUUCUAAUUCUCACUUCGACUGAAGUUGAGUGCUACGCAAAGCGCCAUCUCAACGCCGACAGUGCCAUUGCCGGCGGACUAGGCGGAGUUGCUGGAGGUGCAGCCCAGGCCUAUCUCACAAUGGGGUUUACCACCUGUAUGAAGACGGUCGAAGUCACAAGAACGAAGAAUGCCAUGACAGGAGCCCGUGUACCAGGACCCAUGGAAGCCUUCUUCGACAUCCUAAGAACAAAGGGCAUCAGGGGCGUCAACCGCGGCGUCAAUGCCGUGGCUCUUCGCCAAAUCACUGGCUGGUCAUCAAGAAUCGGCAUCGCAAGGCUCGCAGAGACAAAUAUCAGAUCCUUUAAGGGUAAAUCAGCCAAGGACAAAUUGUCUUUUGGUGAGACGGUUGCUGCCUCGACGAUCGGUGGUGCCCUUAGCUGCUGGAACCAACCCUUCGAGGUGAGUGAAUGUCUGUUUAUCCCCCGGUUUGCUCUUCCCGCUUACGUGAGACUCGUGCAGGUGGUGAGGAUAGAGAUGCAGUCGUUGAAGGCGGAUCCAACCAGACCAGCCUCGCCAACCAUGGUCAACACAGCCAAGCAUAUCCUGGCAACAUCGGGUCCACUAGGCUUCUUUCGUGGUAUCGUUCCGCGUAUCGGCGUAGCUUCUUGGGCAACGAUAUGUAUGGUUGGUCUCGGUGAUAUUGUAAAGGAGGCUUUGGCAAGCCGAGGACACACGAGGAAGUGA